GCCGUUAUAAACCAAACAAAGAAAGAAAGAAGAACUUAGUGUUACCUGUUUAAUUGUGAUAGCAUCGCAUCUCCAGAGAAAGCUGACCAGAACACCUCACAGAAGACAUGUUUCCCUGUGAUGAAUGUGGCAAAGCCUUUUCCCAGAAAGGCCAUUUAAUGAGACAUUUUGCAGUGCACACUGCCAUCAAGAAGUUUAAAUGUGAUGAAUGUGGGAAACUGUUUUCACUGAAGUGUAAUCUACAGACACACAUACUUGUACAUAGGGGUAUCAAGAAACAUGAAUGUGUUGAGUGUGGCAAGAAGUUUAUACGGAAGUGUGGUCUCAAGAUACAUUCCCUUGUGCACAAUGGCGUCAAAAAUUUUGCAUGUGAAGAAUGUGGGAAGACAUUCUCCCAGAAGAGUCACCUUCAGAAACAUUCGCUUGUACACAGUGGUGUUAAAACAUUCUUGUGUGAGGAAUGUGGGAAAAUGUUCGCACUCAAAUGUCACCUUCAAUUGCAUUUGAAUGUACACAAUGGCAUUAAAAAUUUUGAAUGUAAUGAGUGUGGAAAACAUUUUUCACAGAGCAGUGAUCUCCGUCAACACAUGCUAAUGCACAGUGGUGUCAAGAGGUACAAGUGUGACCUUUGUGGCAAACAGUUUCUUCGUAAGACUCACCUCCAGUCACACAUGCGAGUUCACAGCGGCAUCAAGGAAUUCCAAUGUUUGGAAUGUGGUAAACACUUUUCACAGAAGAGUAGUCUACGAAGACACUUACUUAUACAUACUGGCAUAAAGAGGCAAUAACUGUCUUAGGAUACAAAAACUAAACUUCCUCAAUUUUUAGGUUUAUUCUUCAGGGAAAAAAUCCAGUCAUGGGUCUUGUUGUCAGGUGACCUAAGAAGUGUCAGAAGCACGACAAGAUAGAGCCUGUUCUCUAAAUAACAGAUAUCAUUUAACUGUAGUAAACACCCUUUUGGGUUUAAUGCUUAGUUAUGAUCAUAAUAAUUAACCGUAGUAAAGACAGUUGAGUGAGUGACUAGUGAAGGUACCUUGACAGUGAAAAUCUCACACAUUGACAGUAUUACUGCUGCACUCAGUGGCUCCCAUUUUCUGUUCAUGGUUCAGCACUCUCCAAGUUUAUCUGAUGUAUUUACAUUUUCCCCCCGUUGUGAUAUAUUGUAAUUGCUUUUUUAUGGAUUGAGAAUGUAAAGCAACCUAACCUUACCUAACCCAACCUAACUUAAUGCUGCCUAACCUAAUGCUAUCUAACUUAAUCGAGAAGUUUGCAGCAAAUCAUAUGUGAGAAACCUCCAUAGAUUUUUAUGGAAUUAAGAAAAUGCUAUUAUGGUGUGUGUUAGUGUAAGAAUGCUUGAAGGUAGGGAAGCCAAUACUCCAGUACCAAAAUAAACCAAGACAUCAACUGCUGGCUUACUGAUGCUAGACUGGCGUAGACAAAUUAAAAAAAAUACCCUAUAUGAUGUGUUAUGUUUUACGAGUUGGACUGCUAAGCCAGUGGAAGACCUUGGUCAAGCUAUUAAAAACCAAUAAAGUUGGUAGAAUUACCGACAAUAUGUAAAGUAAAAGGACACAAGUGCAACUAAUGUGACAUUUAUUGUGGCAACGUUUCGCUCUCCAGGAGCUUUAUCAAGCCAUUACAAACAAUACAUGGA